AUGAGUAACACUCGAACAGUACACAGCAGCACAUCAAUAUCAAAGAUGAAUUCCGCACUGCAAAUCAGCUGCCUUCUCGUUGUUCUUGGCUGCCUUUUGGGUUCAGGACACUGCCAAAGUGAAGCUGAAUUCGCGGCCAAGUCCCGAGAAAUAGCCCAAGUAUUCGGCAAUCCCUCCGUCGAUAAAUACACGAAGGCUCGCAAUUUGCCCACGCUGAUUGCCUUCUACGAGAAAUACUCCAGUCGCCUACGAUUGACACCUCAGGAAAGGAUUAGUAUCAAUAAUGCUAUGAGGCAAUAUAAGGCACAACGAAACCAGCAAGUUGACGGAGUAUCUGCCCAGGGAGGAUGGUUGUCUGACAUUAUCAAGACAGCAAUUUCGAUCAUUGUAAAGGCCGUUGAAUGAGACCAAAUGGAAAAGCUUAUAACUUGUAAUUUCUUAAUUUCUUAAAUUCUAACUUUGCCAGCUCAAGAAAUAGUCAACUUUUCAAAAACUUUUGGACCCAUUUUAUGUAGAAAGUAU